UGCGCAUGCGGAUUGAACGUUGACCCCGUUCAGUCAAUGUGCCGGCCAUUUUGAACGAACUCCCGAAUCCAAGAUAGGCCGUUCUCACGAAAUCGGCCCAAUUUCACUUAUUGCUCGUCAUAUAAAAAGUGCCAUUUGAGGGUGAAUAGUUGGUGGCCCCAGCAAAAUGAGUUUGUCAUUGAGAUCUGAAUUCGGCAUGGACAAGGGUCGACGCAAGAAGCGACGAGAACUGACCGAGGAGCAGAAACAAGAAAUCAAGGAGGCCUUUGACCUGUUCGACACGGACAAGGACAGAGCCAUUGAUUACCAUGAACUGAAGGUAGCGAUGAGAGCCCUCGGGUUUGACGUGAAGAAGGCCGACGUGUUGAAGGUGCUUCGUGAUUACGACAAGGACAACAGCGGCAAGAUAUUCUUUGAUGACUUCAAUGAAGUCAUGACAGACUGGAUGCUGGACAGAGACCCCCACGAGGAGAUCUUGAAGGCCUUCCGCCUGUUUGACGACGAUGACUCAGGCAAGAUCAGCCUGCGCAACCUGAGGCGGGUGGCUAGGGAGCUCGGGGAGAACAUGACGGAGGAGGAGCUACGCGCCAUGAUUGACGAGUUUGACAAAGACGGAGACGGUGAAAUUAAUGAGGAAGAGUUUGUCGCCAUCAUGACAGGAGAUACAUGAAGAGCGCACUUCCCUUCAAAUUUACAUAACGCCUGGUCUGGACCAAAAAUCAUUUGUACAUUUCUUGUUAUUCAACCGUGCCAACUUCACUUUCAUGUGUGUCUUCCAGAGUGACAUUUCUGUCAGUGUUAAGGCCCAAUGCAGUAAUUGGAUCUCUGCAGGACUGCUGUGGUCAUGUUAAACCUUGGAAUCUCACGUGUUGUAGUUGUAGUAUUCGUACUCGGUACUCGUAAUCCAGUACUUUUUGAGAAUACUUGUACUCAUGCUCGUACUCGAAUAUAAAAAUACUGAAAUUCAAGGUACUUAUAAUCGAGAAACAAAGAAAACUACAGUAUUUAUGAAACAUGUCUAGGCAAGCUGGUUCCAGAUUGCACACAAUUCUGUCCAAUUGAUUCAGAAUGACUAUUUACUGCAAGUCUUUUCAUGCAUCUGGGCUACACAAGGGGCAGGAUUUAGCUCAUUCAUUAACGUGACGGGAUAAUCUUAUACUGUCCAACCAACCAAAGAAACAACUUGUGAAAUUUUAAAGAGCAAGUGCUUUUCAACUACAUGCACAUUGCAGCAACUCCAAGAUGGACAAAUUUUAGAAGGGAACAAAAACACCCGAAGACUGUCAAGUGCCUCUAGUUUUUUUUUUUAAUUGAUGUACAUGUAUUCAUGCAACUGGGAAUUUACAAAAAAACAAGGACAUUCCAAAACCACACAAGAUUUUGUACAGUAUUUUUCAAUUUGUAAUGGCAUUCGUAAGAAGUAAAAAACGAGGAAAUCAGCUGAUCAAAGGAAAAGUUGCAUGCCUGUGUAUUGCUGUCGAGCACUUGUUGAAAUUUUGAUACGCAAGCUGAAUAUACAUGUAGAUUACAAAUUCACACACUUCCCCGCCAAUAUUCCUUCCUGAGGUGUUUACAAGGAUGAAUAUUAUUUUAGUUUUUUUAUACUAAAACUUUGUAGAAUAAAAGUAUUUGUAUAUACUUAAAUUGGAUUUCGCAUUCUUUA